AUGGAAUCAAUGCUGACUCGUUUAGCCGAUUUAUACCCGUCAACGCGCUUCUUUUGCAUUGGCUUCAGUAUGGGAGCGAAUAUCAUAACUCGAUUGCUUGCAAAAAUGUCGCCUGAAUUUGCUCGACGUGUGAUUGCUGGUCUUUCUGUUGCGCAAGGAUACUGUGCUGCAUCGUUGCGUCUUUGGGCAGCAACAUCGAUGGUAGCCUUUGAUGAAUCGUAUACGCGCCGCAUUCUUGGUUAUGAAAAUGCCGAAGAAUUCUAUCGCGACAUCAGUUCUGUAUCAUUAAUACCGAAAAUAACAGUACCAUUGGUUAGUUAG